GCCUGGCCCCGCCUCCUCAGUUCCUCCUUCCAGGGAAGGGCCUGGGAGGAGAGGGUGGUGACACAGAGGAGGCACCCGCUGGGGCCUGGGCCUGCCCUCUGGACAGGUCCAGACCCAUGGAGCCCCCCAGGAGGAGCAGCAGGUCCACAGCGUCUCAUACUCUACACCAGUAUUGCUGUCCUACUCAAGUCCUUGACUCCAUGAAGCUUACCCCCUCAGGCAGGCUGGCAGAGAGCAGGGAAGAGGAGGAGGAGGAGGAGACUGAGGAAGAGGAAGAGGAAGACGCUCAUCAGUUCUGCUGUCCAGCCUCCGAGUGCAGCAGUCCCUCCUCUCGUGUGGAGGGUGAUGCCCCAGGCAGUGACCUGAGCACAGCGGUUGAUAGCCCUGGGAGUCAACCCCCCUACCGGCUGAGCCAGCUGCCUCCCGCCAGCAGCCAUAUGGGGGGCCCCCCUGCUGGGGUGGGCCUUCCCUGGGCUCAGCGGGCACGCCUCCAGCCAGCCAGUGUCGCCCUGAGGAAACAGGAGGAGGAGGAGAUAAAGCGCUCCAAGGCUCUAUCGGACAGCUAUGAACUCUCCACAGACCUGCAGGACAAGAAGGUAGAAAUGCUGGAGAGGAAGUACGGGGGCUCCUUCCUGAGCCGCAGGGCUGCCAGAACCAUCCAAACAGCCUUCCGCCAGUACCGCAUGAACAAGAACUUUGAACGGCUACGCAGCUCAGCCUCAGAGAGCCGCAUGUCCCGCCGCAUCAUCCUUUCCAACAUGCGGAUGCAGUUCUCCUUUGAGGAAUAUGAGAAGGCCCAGAACCCUGCGUACUUCGAGGGCAAGCCUGCCUCGCUGGACGAGGGUGCCAUGGCUGGUGCCCGGAGCCACCGGCUUGAUCGGGGGAUCCCAUAUGGAGGCUCCUGCAGUGGUGGCAUCGAUGGUGGUGGAAGCUCGGUCACCACAUCCGGAGAGUUUUCUAAUGACAUCACAGAGCUUGAGGACUCCUUCUCCAAACAGGUAAAGUCUCUGGCUGAAUCCAUCGACGAGGCCCUGAACUGCCACCCAUCAGGGCCCAUGUCUGAGGAGCCAGGGACAGCCCAGCUGGAGAAACGGGAGUCAAAGGAGCAGCAAGAGGACAGCUCAGCCCCAUCCUUCAGUGACCUUCCCUUCUACCUGGAUGACCCAGUUCCCCCCACCAUCUCCUGAGGCGUCUGGCCAGCACAGAGCCCCCCACCCCAGGGGCUGCCCAAGUUCUGGGCGCCAGCCCCUCUCCCACCAGUUCCUCCCCCAGUGCCCUCAGGGACCCGGGAAGAUGGUAGCCGUGAGGAAGGCACUCGCAGGGGUCCUGGCUGCUUAGAGUGCCGGGAUUUCUGACUGCGGGCCGCCCACCUUCCCCUGCUUACCAUUGAGCCUCCUAGCGACAGCUCCGUGGACCUGAGUGACCGCUCAGAUCGCGGCUCCGUCCACCGCCAGCUGGUGUAUGAGGCUGAUGGCUGUAGCCCCCAUGGGACCCUGAAGCACAAGGGGCCACCAGGCAGGGCCCCUAUCCCCCACCGUCACUACCCAGCCCCUGAGGGCCCAGCCCCAGCCCCUCCAGGGCCCCUGCCACCAGCCCCCAACAGUGGCACUGGGCCCAGUGGAGUGGCUGGGGGUCGGAGGUUGGGGAAAUGUGAGGCAGCAGGCGAGAACUCUGAUGGUGGAGAUAAUGAGAGCCUCGAGAGCUCCAGCAAUUCCAACGAGACCAUCAACUGCAGCUCUGGCUCCUCUUCUCGGGACAGCCUGCGGGAGCCUCCAGCCACUGGCCUCUGCAAGCAGACUUAUCAGCGGGAGACAAGGCACAGCUGGGACUCACCAGCCUUCAACAACGACGUGGUACAGAGGCGGCACUACAGAAUUGGCCUCAAUCUCUUCAAUAAAAAGCCAGAGAAGGGUAUCCAGUAUCUCAUCGAGUGGGGCUUCCUGUCAGACACGCCGGUGGGAGUGGCUCAUUUCAUCCUGGAGCGGAAAGGCCUGAGCCGGCAGAUGAUAGGGGAAUUCCUAGGGAACCGGCAGAAGCAGUUCAACAGAGACGUGUUGGACUGUGUGGUGGAUGAGAUGGACUUCUCCUCCAUGGAUUUGGAUGAUGCACUCCAGAAGUUCCAAUCCCAUAUCUGAGUUCAGGGUGAGGCCCAGGAAGUGGAGUGCCUCAUCGAAGCCUUCAGCCAGUGGUACUGUGUGUGUAAGCCAGCCCUUGUGCACCAGUUCCAGAACCCAGACACCAUCUUCAUCCUUGCUUUUGCCAUCAUCCUUCUCAAUACUGACAUGUACAGUCCCAGCGUCAAGGAUGAACGCAAGAUGAAGCUAGAUGACUUCAUCAAGAACCUGAGAGGGGUUGACAAUGGUGAAGACAUCCCCCGAGACCUCCUGGUGGGCAUCUACCAGCGCAUCCAGGGGCGUGAACUGCGGACCAACGACGACCAUGUGUCCCAGGUGCAGGCUGUGGAGCGCAUGAUUGUGGGCAAGAAACCGGUCCUGUCUCUUCCUCACUGUCGACUGGUUUGCUGCUGCCAGUUCUACAAGGUGCCAGAUCCAAACUGCCCCCAGAGGCUAGGGUUGCAUCAGCGAGAGGUCUUCCUCUUCAAUGAUCUUCUUGUGGUCACCAACAUUUUCCAGAAGAAGAAGAUCUUGGUGACAUAUAGCUUCCGUCAGUCCUUUCCUCUCAUGGAAAUGCACAUGCAGCUCUUCCAGAAUUCAUAUUACCAAUUUGGGAUCAAGUUGCUAUCUGCAGUACCUGGUGGGGAGAGAAAAGUCCUCAUCAUCUUCAAUGCUCCCAGCCUCCAGGACCGGCUGCGCUUCACAUCUGACCUGUGCGAGUCCACUGCCGAGGUGCAAGAGAUGGAGAAAUACCGUGUGGAGUUGGAGCUGGAGAAGCAGAAAGGUCUGAUGUGGCCUAACACCUCACAGCCUGGAGGGGCCAAAGACUCAGUGAAUGGGACGCUGGCCCGCAGUAGCCUGGAGGACACUUAUGGGGCAGGCGAUGGGCUCAAACGGGGCACACUCAGCAGCUCUUUAUGAGACCUCUCUGAUGCAGGGAAGCAGGGGCGGCGUAACAGCAUGGGAUCGCUGGACAGCACCGUCGAAGGGUCUGUUGUUAGCAGUCCACGCCCUCACCAGAGGAUGCCACCUCCGCCCCCACCCCCACCGCCAGAGGAGUACAAGAACCAGAGGCCUGUCUCCAACUCCUCAUCCUUCCUGGGCUCCCUAUUUGGAAGCAAGCGGGGCAAGGGGCCCUUCCAGAUGCCACCACCGCCAACAGGCCAGGCCUCUGCCUCCUCUUCAUCUGCUUCUUCCACCCACCAUCACCACCACCACCACCACCACGGUCACAGCCAUGGUGGCCUGGGGGUGCUACCUGAUGGGCGGUCCAAGCUCCAGGCCCUGCAUGCCCAGUAUUGCCAAGGACCGGGCCCUGCUCCACCGCCCUACCUCCCGCCCCAGCAACCCUCUCUUCCCCCACCUCCUCAGCAGCCCCCACCCCUACCCCAGCUAGGUUCCAUCCCACCGCCUCCAGCCUCGGCCCCACCUGUGGGGCCACACCGCCACUUCCAUGCCCAUGGCCCAGUCCCAGGCCCCCAGCACUGUACCUUGGGUUGGCCAGGCAGGGCUCCCAGGCGGGGAGCUGGAGGACACCCUCAGUUUGCGCCACAUGGCCGCCACCCCCUGUACCAGCCCACAUCCCCAUUGCUCCUGUACAGUCCUGCCCCCCAGCACCCUCCAGCCCACAAACAGGGCCCCAAGCACUUCAUCUUUAGUCACCACCCACAGAUGAUGCCAACAGCGGGGGCUUCUGGGGGCCCUGGAUCCCGGCCGCCAGGAAGUUCCUACUCCCACCCCCACCACCCCCAGUCACCAUUGUCACCGCACUCACCCAUCCCACCCCACCCCUCCUACCCACCCCUGCCCCCACCUUCACCCCAUACCCCUCACUCACCCCUGCCACCCACCUCACCCCAUGGUCCUCUGCACGCCUCUGGGCCCCCUGGCACAGCCAAUCCACCCACUGCAAACCCCAAGGCCAAGCCAAGCUGGAUCAGCACCAUGGUCUGAUGAAUGGAUAGAGCAAGCUGGGGCCCAGAAGAUCUGGGGAAACCACAGCAGGAGGGACCUUGCACCCUUCCUGCCUCCUCAGUUUUUUCAAAAUAUAUAUACACAUACAAAUGUCCUACUCCCCACUUCCUCCCUGCCUUGGGAUCCCUCCUUUAACCUCCUAAGUCAUCAUGGGGUUUUCUUCCAGAUUUGAGGAUCCUUGCCACUUGAACCCUAGACCCAGGGCUAUCUAGCCUUGGGGAGUGGUGAGAACUCAGAGAUCCUCUUCCUCUUUUUCCUCUGUUUGUCUCAGUCCUCUCCCUCCCCCAUUUUCCCUGGAGGUCUAGCUGGAUUGCCUCAGACCUCCAGGUCCUAGCCAGAUGGCCUCAGACCUCCAGGUCCUAGCUGGAUGGCCUCAGACGCCCAGGCCGUUCAGCUCUGGCCGGUAGAGAAGGGCAGGUGUCAGGAGCUGUUGGAGUAAAGGUUUUCCCAGAGCUCCUCUGGCAUGCGGGGCUAGGAAAGAGCUCUGUAGAGUUGUGGUCAAACCUCAGCUGGCUUGGCCCUCUCUCUGACCUCAGGGCCUGGCCAUGCACCUCCAUGUGUCUUUUUGCCUGCUGGAGGACACAGACUGUCAGUAUACUUGGUGGGUGGGACCCCACUUAUAAUGGCCCCCAGAUGGGGCAGUGCUUCCUCUCUGGAGCCAGUCUAUGCCCUAUCUCCAGUGGGCCCCAGCCCAGACCUCUUGAGCUUCAGGACCUCGUCUCUCCCUGCAACAUUCUUAAUCCUGAUCAAAGUCCAUACAGGUUUUUUUUUUUUUUUUUUUAUGAAGGUGGUGGGGGGCAGGUCUGGGAUAAGAAGGGCACUGCCCUCCUUCACCCAUAUUGCAUGCCCCCUCCCCCAUUCCCUUACACUUUGCCUACAACUGAAGACAAUGCACUUUACAGAUAUCACCCACACACACCUUGCUGGGCAGGGCACUCAGCAUCAGCCCUGGGGAGAGGUUUUCAGAGGGUCAUCGUGAGCCCAAGAUGUCCUUCCUGAGGCAGAGAUUGAAGCCAACAGAGUGGGGGGCUGGGAGCCAGGAUGCCUGAGUCCUUCUGUCCGUCAGAAUCUCCGCUGCCUCUCCAGCCCCUUUGCCACCCUGUUUAUUUAUUAUAAAUAUAUAUUUUUACAAGCUCCAGCUCCUCUUCUUGCCCUGCAUAUCCAGUCCCUUUCUCAGCUCCUACCUCCCUCUCCUCUCUCCACCACAGUUGCUCAGUGCAGACAGACAGACCCUGGCUGUAUGAAGGGCCAGGAACCUCGGGGAGCUUGGGGU